CGCCCGCAUAUUUCUUUUUCGCUUUAUUAUUUGAUCCUUUCUUCUUUUUUGGAUUUCGAUCCGACCUUUUAGGGUUUUCCGAAGAAAUCUUCUGAAUCUGAGUUCGUGAUGUAAAAGUAUUGGACUUUCUGUUUCUUGAUCUUAAGCGUUUAUGGGGAGGAUGAUUGGAAGCUGCCGAGAGUGUGUUGAUAUCCAAUUGUAGAGCUUUCGUGUGUCCACUUUGAAGCCAAAUCAUAAAGUGAUUAGUUACACCAAAGAAAUAUGUCAGCAUCAAGGAAGGACAUGGACCCUGCUUUCCAUGGUGCAGGAACAAAGGCUGGGAUGGAAGUAUGGCGAAUUGAGAAUUUUGCGGUUGUUCCUAUCCCAUUUCAUGGAAAGUUCUUUACAGGGGAUUCAUAUGUGAUUUUGAAGACAUCUUCCCUGAAAAAUGGUGCUUUGCGUCAUGAUAUCCAUUAUUGGCUUGGUAAAGAUACUACUCAGGAUGAAGCUGCGACUGCUGCCAUCAAGACUAUUGAGCUUGAUACAAUUCUUGGUGGACGUGCUGUUCAGUAUCGUGAGGUACAAGGAAACGAGACAAAGAAGUUCCUGUCUUACUUUAGACCAUGUAUCAUUCCACAACAAGGUGGAGUGGCAUCUGGAUUUAGGCACGCUGAUGUAAAUGAGCAUGAGCAUGAGACUCGUCUAUAUCUCUGCAAAGGGAAACAUGUUGUCCACAUAAAAGAGGUUCCUUUUGUGCGGUCAUCCCUCAAUCAUGAUGGUAUAUUCAUUCUGGACACAAGAUCAAAGAUUUUUCAGUUUAAUGGAUCCAACUCAACCAUUCAAGAAAGAGCUAAAGCUCUUGAGGUGGUCCAACAUAUAAAAGAUACUUUUCACGAUGGAAAGUGUGAGGUAGCAGCUAUUGAGGAUGGCAAGUUGAUGGCUGAUGCUGAUGCUGGAGAAUUCUGGGGCUUGUUUGGUGGCUUUGCUCCUCUUCCUAGAAAGGUAUCUUCCGAGGAAGCAAGAGAUGUGGAUACCAUUUCUGUGAAAUUACUUUGUGUUGAGAAUGGGCAGCCAACACCUGUUGAUGCUGAUUCAUUGACAAGAGAGUUGCUAAACACAAAUAAGUGUUACUUGCUGGAUUGUGGUAUUGAAGUCUGUGUGUGGAUUGGCAGAAAUACAUCACUUGAGGAAAGGAAAAUUGCAAGUGCUGCUGCGGAAGAAUUAAUUAGUGGACCUGACAGACAAAAAUGUCAUGUAAUUCGUGUUGUUGAAGGAUUUGAGACUGUCAUGUUUCGUUCAAAAUUUGAUACAUGGCCACAGACAGCUGGUGCAGCUGCUUCUGAAGAUGGUAGAGUUAAGGUUGCUGCCCUUUUAAAGCGCCAGGGGUUGAAUGUGGAGGGUCUUACAAAGUCUGAUACUUCAAAGGAAGAGCCUCAGCCAUACAUUGAUUGCACAGGCGAUUUACAGGUUUGGCAUGUAAAUGGUGAUGAGAAAGUGCUUCUUGCAUCUUCUGAUCAGACAAAAUUUUACAGUGGAAAUUGCUAUAUCUUCCAGUAUACAUAUUCUGGUGAAGAUAAAGAGGAAUAUCUAAUUGGUACUUGGUUUGGGACGAAGAGUGUUGAGGAUGAGAGAGCUUCAGCUAUAUCCCUCUCUGGAAAGAUGGUUGAAGCCUUGAAGUCACAGGCUGUUCAGACUCGUCUUUAUGAAGGAAAAGAACCUAUUCAAUUCUUUUCAAUCUUCCAGAUCUUUAUUGUUUUUAAGGGUGGGUUGAGUUCUGGAUAUAAGAGAUUUAUCACGGAGAAUAGCACUGCUGAUGAGACAUAUUCAGAAGAUGGUCUUGCACUUUUUCGAGUUCAAGGUUCUGGACCAGAUAACAUGCAAGCAAUUCAAGUUGAGCCGGUGGCAUCUUCCUUGAAUUCAUCUUACUGUUACAUAUUGCAUAAUGAUACAACAGUUUUUACAUGGUCUGGAAGUCUUACUACCUCAGAGGAUCAAGAUCUUGUCGAGAGACUGCUAGAUCAAAUAAAGCCAAAUAUUCAGUACAAACCACAAAAGGAAGGGACAGAAACUGAACAGUUUUGGGGUUUACUAGGAGGUAGAUGUGACUAUUCCAAUCAAAAGAUUGUCAAGGAACCAGAAAAUGAUCCUCACCUAUUUUAUUGUGAUUUUUCAAAAGACAAUUUAAAGGUUACAGAAAUAUUUAAUUUUACCCAAGAUGAUCUGAUGACAGAAGAUGUAUAUAUCCUCGACUGUCAUUCUGACAUCUUCGUUUGGAUUGGACAAAAGGUGGACACAAAGAUAAGAUCACAAGCUCUAAAAAUAGGAGAGGAAUUUCUUGAACAUGAUUUUCUUCUUGAGAAAAUAUCUCGAGAAACUUCGAUAUUCAUAGUCACAGAAGGAAAUGAGCCACCAUUCUUCACUCGUUUCUUCACAUGGGACUCUGCAAAAUCAGCUAUGCAUGGUAAUUCCUACCAGAGGAAGCUUGCCAUAGUGAAAACUGGAGUCACUCGACCUGUUGAGAAGCCAAAACGGCGUGUACCGACAUCUGGUGGAAGAAGUGUAACAGAUAAAUCUCAGCGUUCCAGAAGCAUGUCCUUUAGCCCAGACAAUGUUCGUGCAAGAGGAAGAUCUCCAGCUUUCAGUGCAUUAGCAGCGACCUUUGAGAAUCCAAAUUCCAGGAAUCUUUCAACCCCUCCUCCAGCUGUUACCAGACUUUAUCCAAAGUCUACAAUCCCAGAUUCUGUAAAACCAGUACCACGUUCAGCAGCAAUUGCUGCUUUAACUGCAUCUUUUGAAUCUGCAAAGGAAAGUGUUGAAUCAAAGUCAUCCAGAGGAGAUGUGAAAUCCAAGGUUGCUCAAGAAAGCAUGGAGGCCAAUUCUAUUGAGAAUCCAAUUUCAGCGAGUGGGAGAAACGAUGACCUCACCAUUAAAGAAGAGAUGAAUGAGGGGGAAGAUGAAGAUGAUGGAGGGCUUCCUAUAUUUCCUUAUGAACACUUAACGACAUCGUCCAGCGAUCCUGUUACCGACAUUGAUAUAACCAAGAGAGAGGCUUACUUAUCUUCAGUAGAGUUCAAAGAGAAAUUUGGCAUGAAAAAGAGUGCCUUUUAUGACCUACCAAAAUGGAAGCAGAAUAAGCUUAAGAUGGCAGUUCAUCUAUUUUAAUUCUACCAUCUGCAUUCAGUUCUCACUACAUGUUGAAACCUCAGAAGAGUACAUUGGCUUUGUGUUCUUACACACCCACAUGCACUUGCGGUGGAAACCUAUCAGCAAUAGGCUGUUCAAGUGCUUUCUCAGCUGCUUCUUGAUUUAGAUAGUUUAUGAGAUUUUACCGUUGGCAUAGAUUUGUUUAUUCCUUUUUUGGGUCAAAAAUUGUCUUCUCAGCUUUAAAUUUUAUUUUUCAUAAUAUGUAUCUUUCAUUUAUUAGAGAUAAAGGCAGUGAGCUGACCAAAAUUCUAUAGAUUGUAAUUUUUUUAUGGUAUGACCGAAAACAUCUUAUGAGGAAUGAAAUAAAUGUUUUUUGGUUGGUGGUGACAGAAGUGUCAAUAGUAGUAUCAUUGCAUUUGGUAGGUUUAUAUGGUUAUCCAAAUCAACAAAUAUGCAUCCAAAUACUUUGAGAAAAAAGGGUGGCUACUUUCUUUUAUAUUUCGCUGCAUGUGGAUCCUUA